CCAAAAACAUUACUUUAUUGGUGAACAUAUCUCCCAUUUCCCAGUUUAAAAAUGUUACAUCGGUUAAAAAAUUACUAAUUCGUGCUAGGUAUCUAGAUUCUAGAAAUCCAACAAAUCAUUCAAGUUGUGUUUUGAAAGGCGCAGACGAAGCGCAGUUAGGAUAAAUCAAGUUCGAAUCAGCUCUAUCAGGUGUUAGUUGACCCGCCGUUAAUCCUAGCUCUAAUGUUCCAGUUCGGUUCUUUCAGAUGUCUGCCUAAAGGACCUAAAUCCUUGUGGAAGUUUCCUCUCAAAUGUAAUCCCUUCAGAAACUCCAGACAUUUGGGAUUAAAAUUUUCAUUCUGGCCCUCGCUAAAGAAAACCGACAACCUAAGAGCCAAGCAAGGAUCUUUUAGGACAAUAGAGAACUGUGAUGCAAAAGAAUUCCUUAAGGGAGAGGGCUAGGAGAAAACAAACGCAUUCGCUCGCGUUCUCAUUAGCAUGGGUACACCUAUUUUCAGCAGGCGGCCUGUUGGGGGGUGACUGGUGCACUCCGCACGUCUCCGGGGACGUGCAGGACAGGGGGUUGUUUUCUUGGCCAGGCCGGCGCAUCUGUCCUUGCGCACAGGCCUAAAUUCACACCAGAAGCCACGGCGCAGACGCAGCCUCCCACCGUUCACGUCCCCGGGGAGGGGCGGAGCAGUCGUGUCUUCCGGGUCGCAAGCGGAAGUGGACAAAUUUGAAUUCUGCGAGCCGUUGGAUGGGGCCGAGCCGGGUGGGCGUACGACAGCGCUGCGGUCGACGUGAGCGGUAACGCAUCGACCCUGGGACUUAUACUCCGCGCCUGGUGAGGACGUGUCCCGGAGGGACUGAGGGUCACGGGCGGCCGGGUAGGUGUGAGCGGUGGGCGCUUCUCCUUGCGCUGGACGGUGCGCACCGCCGCUGUCGAGCCCGGAGCGGCUCUUUAUUAGUUAAAGACAGAAGUGGGGAGGGUUGCACGGGAGGGGUGCUCGUUGUGGCUCCCAGUUGCUCCUGAGACCGGUCCCUCAGCGCAAGGAAAUGACAGCCUUGAAGUGCCUCGAGGGGAUUUAAGCUGAAAUCCGAGUAUCCUUUGUGUUUAAAACCGGGGUAUUUUUCUUUCACGCCUUGACAUUUCUUGUCUACCGCAAAAAUCUGAGCUCUAUUGCUCACUUAAACAGGCUACAGUAGCAGCGGUCGCUCUCAGAUGUUAGUUUGCUAACAAUGGGGAUAGGGUCUAGUGUCACCCCCCAACCCCCACCCCGUUCUGUCCGGUCCCCGCUUUUCACCCUCUUCAUUCAUUUGGGUGACUGUUAUUAUCGAGUUAUUUUAGAGGAACUCAGAGCAUCAAGAGUUGAGUUUUCUUCCAGCGUUUUUGUUUGGGUUUUCUGUUUAUCUUUUAUGAUGAACUGGACUCACAAACCCCGACAAAAAGCCAUACGUUUUUGAACGGCUUAGAUGUGCACGGUAAACGUAAACUUUCUUCUGAAAGAAGUUCUGUAUUUUGCCCUAUUGAAAACUGUCACGUUGCUUGUGUACUUUGUAGAAAAAAAGAUCCUUUUAAGGUUUUAGCAACUGGGUAAUGUGUCAUCAAAAUGUAUAAGUAUCACUUUAAAGUGGUUCUUAGUAACAUCCAAAGUAAAAUAAUUUACUCAUCCUCCUUCACGCCUGCGAAUGAAUGUUGUUUUCAGUAUUCACCAAGAAGGAAAAAAUUAAAUAGCAAGCUCAUUGAAAUGAAAGUUUUCAUUCAGUCAGGCUGCCACAAAGCUAUUGGCUUCCCUUUCCCAAAGAGUGCAGUCAAAUCUGCUAGCUUCAUAAAUGGUACCAGCAAGUCACCUGUUUUAGAUUUUCUGUAUCCUAAUGUGCUUGCGCUUCCACUCUCUUCCUUUGUUUUUGUCUUUAACCUACAUCAAUAAAUGUUAUACUCAUUAUAUGUAUAAAGGCUCCUUCAAUUCUGAUGCCUUGGAUAAUUGCCUUUUAACUGAAAAGUUAGACUAUUCUAUCAGAGGUUUGAAAACAUGGUCUUCUUAGGAAAAACCUGGUAAUCUAUUAAAGACAUAUUAAAGACUAGAACCAGACUUCUUGUUUAGAAUUCUCAUCGCUAGUACCUCAUAGCUGUGUGACCUUGACUGGGGGAGCUGUGUAACCUCCCGGAGUCAAGUCUCUUAAGUGUAUCACGGGGAUAAAGACUUCCUUGUGUGAUUAUGAUGGGGAUUCAAGGAAGUAUUACAUGUAUAUGAAGCACGGUUAAUGAGAGCAGAUGUCUAAAGUGUAGCUACUAACCAUGGUACAGCCAUAGCAUGCAUUUUCAUUAACUUGACAGCGUAUAUGAGAUACAUACAGUUUUCAUAAGUAGACUAGUAAUUUGUUCUUAUAGAACUUAGAAAAGUGAAGACCAGAAACCAGAUUUAAUUAGAUUAUUUUAUGUGUAUGUAUGUAUGUAUACAUGCUUUAUGAUCAGAGGCAUUGUGGUCCAAUAUGUAGGGACCAAGAGAGCCAGCCUGUCUCCUGGGGAUUGUCAGUUGUGAGAGACAGCGUUUCCUUCUACCCUGUUGGUUCCAGGAGUCAAAUGCAAAUGUUCAGGCUUGGUGGCAGGUCCCUUUACCAGCUGAGCCAUCUUACCGUCCUAAAAUAAAACAUUUGCAAGUAGUACUUUCUGUCUUUCUUAAGUCUCCAGCUGCUGUUUUGUAAAACUUUCCUGGGUCUUCUCAUUUUAUUCAAUAUGAUUCAAAUUUAAGCUUCUUUAAGAAAAAAAAAGACCUUUGCAGCCCGGCUGCAGACAGUCUAACUCUAAACUCAAGUGACAGGAAGACCAGUAUUUGUUCAUUCACAUUAGUUCAUGACAUUGGCUGUUUUAUACACAUUUUCUCACUUACUGAGUGGUUUUUAAAAUGUAUGUUUCGCAUGUGAUGCUAUUUGUGAAGGGGAGUGGUGUGCGCAGUAUAGUGAGUGUCUGAGAGCUAGAAGAGCAGAACUGUUUGCUGUUCGUUUACCUAGAACUGAAGACCGCACUAUCCUGCCUCAUUCUUUCUGUAACACAAUGUGUCCAGUAACGCAGGGCCAUCCUUCUAAAGCCCACUGGGUGGGAUGAUCUGUGAAGCAAACUAUGCCAUCAGACACUCCUGCAGAGAAAAUGGUAUACCUGUUUGAAUUAAGCUUGUAAGCUUAAAACAAGUCUAGAAUUAGCUCAUUCACAUGAUUUCUUCUUGAAUGUUGGAGUUGGGAUGCUACAAGAUUUUGGAUUCCAAGCCGCUGAAAUCUUUUUCUGUGUUAGGAUGACAGUGGGCAUAGCGAUCCAGUAUGCAGACACCAAAAGAACCUGUUGGGGAUCGCUUACAUAGAAAAAUUUAAAAGGAAAUCACCAAUAUAAAAUUGAUCUGCUAGUUGGGUCUGUAAGCAGUACACAGUCUAAGGGCAUGUGAAUGCAUUUUAGUGAUGCUAUCCCAUUGUACAGAUGUGCUCGAGUGUUCAAAUCCAUUCAUCUAUUAGUGCGUAUAUUUAGAUCCCUGGGAUUUUAGCCAUCACAGAAAAAUUACUUGGAUAUUUGUAUGCAGUGAGCAUGUCUUCGUCCAGUGUAUGAUAGAGAUAGUUGGACAUUUAACAUUUUCUAGGUAAGAGUUGCGUGAAGUUAACCACUGCAAAUAGACUGUUCACCCAUAAUACAUUGUAACAUAAAGCUGUGCCCAGUGGGAAAAAAGUCACCCCAAAAAAGGUAGCUAAAGUUUUCAUCCUGCUCCCUAGCGAGCCUCCCAUUUCAUAGAUAACUGAUUUAAUGUCUUCUUUUUUAUCUCAAAUUAUAUUAAUUUUUUGAUUUCUAUUUUGGUUACUUUGGCUACUGGUGUCAAUCAUAUUUCAAAUCAAAUCAUUUCUUGAGUCUUUCUUGUGUUAAUUUUGUUCUGUCCCACAUUCCUGGCUGCUGCUUUGGUGCUUGGUCUCUGGUUUUCUAAGUCUUUGAAGAGCAUCAUUGAGUUCUCUCUGGUUUUAACAAUGUAAGCAUGCGUAGCCAUGAACUUUCCUCUGCUUUUACUAUUCCUUCUUAGGGACUAGAGACUCCCACAGGUCUCAAGCUGCCGCCAAUCUGCUUUUACUGUUUCUUAAAGGCGCUGAUACGUUAUAUUUUCUUUUUUACUUGAUUAUAAAUUUUUUUAAAUUUUUUAUUGGAUAUUUGUAAAUUUUUUUUUUAAGAUUUAUUCAUUUAUUAUAUAUAAGUACACUGUAGCUGUCUUCAGAUACACCAGAAGAGGGCAUCAGAUCUCUUCACAGAUGGUUGUGAGCCACCAUGUGGUUGCUGGGAAUUGAACUCAUGACCUCUGGAAGAGCAGUCGGGUGCUCUUAACCGCUGAGCCAUCUCUCCAGCCAGUAAAUUUUUUAAAGUUAAGUUUUUAAGUUUUUUUCAAGUUCAUCAAUGAUCUAGUAAUUUUAAGAGUAUAUUGUUACAUUUUAUAAUUUAUGAUUUCUAGUCUUUUACUAUGAUCUGAUCUAAAUACAAGAAAUUUUUUUCGGGGUUUUGAUACUCUUUCAAUCUUUCUUACAUAUUAUCUGUUAUUUGUUAUACACAAAUUAAAGAAACUAAUUGUUCACCACCUUACUCCAAAACCCUCACAAGCUUUUCUUUCUUUCAAAGUUUUGUUAAUGUAUAUGAAUGUUUUGCCUGCAUGUAUGUUUGUGUGCCUCAUGCAUGCCUGGUGCCUUGGGUACCUGGAACUGGAGUUAGAGAUGGUUGUAAACCGCCAUGUGAGUGUUAGGAACUAAACUUGGGGAGUUAGGCAAAAGAGUGGCUGUUCAGCCAUCUCUCCAUCCGUCUAGCAAGUCUUAAUUCAUGUUAAUGAUUUUCAUGUUUGCUUUUUCUAGAAAUGUACUUUUGUUUUUGUGACAGGAUCUCACUAUUGCAGUCUUGGCUGGCUUGAAGUUACCUGUGUAGAUGAAUCUAGCCAUGGACUCACAGAAAUCCCCCUGCCUUUACCUCUUGGGUGCUGUUACUAAAGAUGUCCACCACCGUGCUCAGCCAAGAUGUACUUAAAAUUUAUAUAUUAGAUCUGUGGUCCAAUUUUUGGUUUCUGAUAUAUAUCUGACUCUGUCGGAAUCUUUUAUUUAGUUACUUUUUGCAGCUUCUCCUUUUGCUAUGUUUUCUGGGGUUAGGAAUCAAGCCUAGGGCUCCCUGAACACUAAACAUGGCUCGGAGCAGGCCUAUGCCUUAGUGCCCUGUUUUGUCUUUACUAGGUUGUGUUCUUUAUCAUCAUGAACGUAGAUCCUUCGUCAGAUACAGUCUGCAAAUGUUUUCUUCUUGUGCAUCUUUCCCUUUUCUUAAAAUUCUAACUUUACCAGGAUCAAAACUAGUUUUUCUCUUAGAACAUUAAUGUUUUUGAUGUCGUUUUUCUGUAUGGAAGGCAGUGUUUAUUUUUUCCUCCUCAGUCCUUUCUAUAGUAUUUCUUGCAUAGACGUCAAUCCUGGAGUUUAAUUAUCAUGCUUUCCUUGUUGGGUAGUCAUCAGGGGGAGUGGGGGGCAAUGUGGCUUACUUUAUUAUAUUAUGCAUCUAUUACCACCUCUAAAUCACCUCUGAAAUUUGGUUUAAAAUAAAUUCAAAGUCGUCGUGUAUCUCUGGGUACAGAGUUGGGACUGCCAUAGGGUCUCUGAAGUUACCUCAGACUCUGACUAGAAGUCUAAGAUAGAUAUGGCAGCAUGUGCUUAUGUCAUAAAGUAAAGACCUGCAUUCUAUACUGAGUGGACCUCUUCAUGAAGCAUCUUGCAAGUUCUUGUCACCUGGCAACAAGCUUCUAGACAUGACAAGAGAGCAAGGAAGAUAUAAGUGUUUGAGCACUGCUGAACAAGGCAGUCGGCAAGUGCACCAGCACCAUAGACUCAUAAAGUAGUGCUGUAAAAGGCACUCCUUCCUAAAUAGUGAGCAUACAAAGUGCUGGACAAACACUGUCCUAACAUAGCAAAAGGAGGAAAAGGAAAAGAUGUUUAACAGUUUGUAGGUUGAUAUAAUUAUAAAGGGAUUUUAUUUUUAUUGGUCUUGUUUCUUUUUAACCAAUACUUUAAUAUUUUUUUUCAGAAAUGUAAGAGUCCAGGCAGUACUUUGUCGUGUAGGACUUUUUGGUGUACUACAGGGCAUCCCACAAUCCUAAGUAGUUAACUUUUAAUAGUCUCUCGGGUGUCUUCAAGUCCAGAUUCUUCACUCAACUUGAACUAUUACUUGUUUAAAAAUAAGAUGAAUGAAAAUAAACCUGGUAAUUCACAAAGUCUUGCUUGUGUUUUCUGCCGAAAAAAUGAUGACUGUCCCAAUAAAUAUGGAGAAAAGAAAACGUGUGAAAAAUGGAAUUUCAGUGUCCACUACUACUGUUUGUUAAUGUCAAGUGGAAUUUGGCAGAGAGGUAAAGAAGAAGAAGGAGUUUAUGGCUUCCUAAUAGAAGACAUCAGGAAGGAGGUCAAUAGAGCUUCCAAACUGAAAUGUACAGUCUGCAAGAAGAAUGGUGCUUCAAUCGGAUGUGUUGUACCCCAGUGUAAACGAAGUUAUCACUUGCCUUGUGGACUUCAGAAAGAAUGUAUUUUCCAGUUCACUGACAAUUUUGCGUCAUUUUGCUGGAAACAUCGACCGGUUCAAGCAAUUACAUCUAAUAAAUAUAGAGACUCUUUACCAUGUACUAUCUGUUUGGAAUUUGUCGAGCCGAUUCCUACUUAUAACAUAUUACAGAGUCCCUGCUGUAAGAAUGCUUGGUUUCAUAGAGACUGUUUACAGGUUCAAGCAAUAAACGCAGGAGUGUUUUUCUUUAGAUGUACACUAUGCAAUAAUACCGACAUCUUUCAGAAAGAGAUGUUGAGAAUGGGAAUUCAUAUUCCUGAAAAAGAUGCAUCCUGGGAGUUAGAAGAAAAUGCUUAUCAAGAGCUGUUGCAGAGCCAUGACCGCUGUGAUGUCCGAAGAUGUCACUGCAAAGAGGGCAGAGAGUACAAUGAACCUAAUAGCAAAUGGGAAAUAAAGCGAUGUCAGUGUUGUGGUUCUAGUGGAACACACUUGGCCUGUUCCUCACUCCAGUCUUGGGAAAAAAAUUGGGAGUGUUUGGACUGUAGAAGAAUUGCCUACACUUCAGAUUUCCAAAAGGCCCCCAAACACCCAUUAGCCAACUCUACUAAUGUGACAGUUACUGACUGCUUGUUGGAAGAGUCGUCACCUAAGCUCCCCAGACAGUCAACUGUAGCCCAGCAGAAAGAACUACUGAGGCAAGGCAGCAAAUUUAGGAGAGACAUUUCAACAAUAUUGAUAGAGUUAGGAUUCCAAAUUAAAAAGAAAGCUAAGACAUUAUACAUCAACAAGGCCAAUGUGUGGAGGAGUGCAGUAGAGCAAUUCCAGAGCCAGAAGUUUAACCCUUCAUACUCCAUUGAAGUAGUGUAUGUUAAUGACAAUGAUGAGGUUGGAAGCAAGCAUCCUGGAUCAAAGCAGGAAUUUCUGAGUCACUUAAUGCACCAUCUUGAGAAUUCAUCAGUGUUUGAAGGGUCCUUGGCAAAGAACUUGUCUCUAAAUUCUCAAGCUGUGAAAGAGAAUCUUUACUAUGAAGCUGGCAAAAUGCUUGCCAUUUCUUUAGUUCAUGGUGGUCCUUCGCCAGGUUUCUUUUCUGAAACCUUGUUUAAGUGCCUUGCUUAUGGACCAGAAAACGCUUUACCAACUCUGGAUGAUGUUUCAGACCUUGAUGUGGCACAGAUUAUAAUCAAGAUAGACACUGCAGCUGAUUUAAACAUUUUAAAAUCAGUAAUAAACGAAUACUAUAACUACCUAGAGUUUAGUGGAUGUUUAAGACUUAUGACAACAUUAAGUGAUAAAUACAUGUUGGUAAAAGACAUCCUUUUCUACCAGGUAAUUAAGAGAGUCAAAGCACCUUUUGAGAGUUUUAAACAGGGUCUGAAAACGCUCGGUGUUUUAGAGAAAAUUCAAGCUUACCCAGAAGCAUUUUAUAACAUCCUCUGUCAUAAACCUGAGAGUCUCUCUGCAAAAAACCUCAGUGAUCUUUUCACAAUCCACAAGUUACCAGAUGUAAAAACUUCGAGGUUUUGGAACAGUUACUUACAGGCUGUAGAGGAUGGAAAGUCUGCAACAACACUGGAAGACAUUCUUCAUUUUGCAACCGGCUGUAGUUCCGUUCCACCUACUGGAUUUAAACCCGCUCCUUCCAUUGAAUGUCUGCAUGGCGAUUUUCCUGUUGCGAACAAGUGUAAUAACUGUUUAGCUCUACCUGUCACCAACACAUAUGAGGAGUUCCAGGAAAAUAUGGAUUUUGCCAUAAGAGACUCUAUAAGACUAGAAAAGGAAGAAAGGUCUCACUUAUUACCUCGGACAUUAAAUGUUUCUUCUAAUGAAGAAAUGCUGUUUUAAAGGCUGCUAUUGAUACCUGUUCUUAUUCAUCACUUUUGGACACUGGCCAACCUCUUGGCGCAACAAAAAAUAUAUGACGUUUUCAUAAAAGGAUGGUUUGGCUUCUGAACUACUGAAGCUUUGGUCCAGACCUUCUAGUCAUGCUUGGUGAUAGCUGUCCAUGACUGCUGCCGUCGUAACGUCAAUCCUUCCUAUUGGAUCUUUCCUACUGCUGUGCUUUCUUGAUAACUUCACAGUUUUAGAAUGGUCGUACAGACCGUUGAGCUGUACAGGAGCUCAGCUCUAUUAGUAUGACAUGGAAGAAUUGCCUUUGUAGGAUGACACUUUCCUAGUUCUGUGCAGUCAUCAAAUUUGUGUUGUUUUGUUUGUUCUGCUUCACUGUUGGUGGUUUUUUGUUUUGUUUUGUUUUCCUUCUACAUAGUCCUGGUAGUCCUGGUAGUCCUGGUUGUCCUGGAACCUGGCUAUGUAGAACAAGCUGUCAAAUUUCUUUUUUUAAAGCAUUAAAUAGAAAAGUUGGCUAAGUCGUCUCAUAAAUCAGAGAUAUUGUAAAUGUAUUUUAAUUAAGUGACCAAUACAACUAUCCAAUAAUGACUAAUUGGAAAUACUGUAUGAAAAGCAAAGCUUUACAAAUAAUUCUAGGAUCUAUGUGUCCUCCUUAAGCUUAAAAUCAUGGCUCAGGAGUUUUCAGGUGUCCUUGAAAAUACCUUAGAAUACCUUGUGUGGUCAGUGUGUCUCAUAUAUGAAACCAUCUCGGUGUCUGAAGAAUCUCUGAACUUUAAUAUGGUUUUGCUACAUAACAACUAUUUAUUAUUAAGAUUGUUGAAUGAUUGGUAAGAUCUCACCAUAGCAUUCUAUAGUUACCUUCUUUUGCUUUCAAAAGAUACCUUGUAUAAUCAAUGAAUGAAUUAUAAUUUAAAACUACAAAUUAGAAAAAUACUCUAAUUUUGCCACAUAGAGAUAAUAAUGUAUUUUGUAUAUUCUUUAUAAACUAUUUAUUUUUCAAUUUUUUAUUAUCUUAUGACAGGGUCUUCUAUAGAGCCCGAUUGUUAUAAAUUCCCAUCUUCCUGCCUUAGUCACAGUCAUUGCUGGGGCUGUGACGUAUAUCAAUGUGCCCAGCAAUCGUUUUUUUUUUUUUUUUGAGUAUAUGAAUGCUAUCUAGUGUAACAAGAAACCAUGUAAUAAAAUCAAGUUAUGUACAGUCUCUUUUCAAGGCAUGAAUGCACACUCCUGUAAUCCAAGCUCGAGAGACUAAGGCAGGAGGAUCUGGUAUGAUAGCCCAAGUUUAAAACCAUCCUGGGCUGCAGGAGACCCUGCUCAAUAAAGAAAUAAGUACAUGACCCACUCAUGGCAAUGUCUUCACACAUUAACACAAAGUAUGUGUUAGCUGUUGGUCAUGUAUUGUUACUCCCAAGAAACACAAGACUUAAAAGGGAUUUCAACCCCUUAAACAACAGGACUGACUUGGUAUUGGUAAUACCCUUCUUAAUGCCAAAGGAAAACUCAGUUGUCAUCACAGUGCCAUUUUCUUGCUUACCUCAGAACCUUCCAAGUUGUAUGUAACAGAACUAAUAAAGUUUCUCUUUAUCUUGAGCAUUUAGCAUGAAGACAUUUCUUUAUCUUGUGUUACAUUUUGCUAGAUGUUUCAAAGUAAUUAAAUGAUCCAUCAUGAAUAACUUAAAUCUCGAACUCAAAAGACAGCAUUUAUUCCAAGUGUGUUGAUAAGUUGGAUCUUUUGUUUUAACCUGUUAGUUCCUACCGAGUUUUAAAGGCUGUUAAAUCCAUACAACUCCAAAAUGGUAUUUUUUAGCUUGCACUUUGAGUUACCCCCGCUCCUGCCCCCACGGGAUAGUAACUAACACAAACACAAUCCUUAGAGUGUUGGGUGGGAUUAUAGAGCCUUGGACUGGCGGCAAGUGAUUUUAUUGUACUUAAUCUGUACGUAAACAUGGCCUUGGGAGUGAGAUGGUCUGAAUAUUAAAGACUUAAAGUGGAACAUCAGAUUUCAGAAUGUCUUCUGGUUCAAAGCUUUUGUUGCAUGUUCUCUAGAUUAGUCUAUAUAUAUACUUGAGGCUUAACAGAGAAACUGCAAUGUUACUGUGUCAUGCUUGUUGUUCCAAUUUUGUUUUUUUAGUAUAGUUCUUAAAUUAGCAUACUUAGUUUGAAAAUUAUGAAGGGACAGUUUUAUGUUUGAUGUUUAUGUUUCCUCCUAAUUACAUUAGAAGCUUUUGGAACUUGCACAGUCAGUAUUUAUAAAGGGAUUGUAUAAUGGUAAGUUUUUCCUGGGACUUUCCUUUAGUGUUCAGUCAUAAGAAAAUGGUAAGAACUAGACUCUGUUGAUAAACAUGGUUACUGUUAUGUAUUUGUUAUGCUUCCUAUAAUGCAGCGUAAAGCAUUGAACACACACAAUGAAGAAUUACUUGAAUUUAUAUUAUCUGUAACUUGGGAAAUUUUGUAAUCCUUGAAAGAGACCCAGUUUUCAAGAUCUAUUUUGACCACCUUCAAAUACACUCUAAUACCAACUGUGUACCAGAUUCUGUGCUCUGAAAUAGUUUAUAAGUCAGCCUGUUUAAAAUGAAUCAAAAACGCACAGUGGUAGAAUGGUUUGUCUACCUAGCUUGUGUAAGGCCUUGGGUUUAAUUUUAAACUAUGACCAAAACAUUAAAAAAAGGCAUGAACACUUAACAAUAACAUUUCUAAGUAACUGUUUUUAUAAGCCUUUAAAUGUGAAGUUGCGAAGUUCUCAUACAAACUAAAUAAACGUGUUGGGAGUCUAUCUUAAUUAGGAUUGCUAUUGCUGUGAUGAACUGAUUAGAAGCAACUUGGGAAGGAAAGGGGUUAUCUUCAUCACUUCCAUAUCACUGUUCCCCACUGAAGGAAGUCAAGGCAGGAAUCUGCAGGUGGAGGUUCAUACAGAGUGGUUGGUGCCUUCUGCCUUGCUUUCCACAGCUUGCUCAUUUGCUCUCUUACAGAUGCCAAGGCCACUAGUCCUGGGGUGGCACUGCACACAGUGUCCGGGCCCUUUCCAUCAGUCACUACUGGCUGUCCUUAUUUCAUGGAGACAUUCUCUCAGUUGAAGUUCUCUUUCUGGAUGUUUCUAGCUGUCAGAGAUCUAGUAAGGAUGUGAUGAUCUUUUAAUGUUUCUUUUCCUUUUUAUUAGUAUGUAAUUAUUUAAAAGUGGCUAUCAUGACAUCUAAUAUUGGCAUACAUGCAUGUAAUGAGCUUUGGUCAUACUCCCAUUAUUACUUCAUCCCCUUCCCUGUUCCCAGAAGUGUCUUAAAAGUUUUAUUAAUGUGGGUAAGAUCCAAGAUCCUUUAUUCUCCUUGUCUGAGAGCUCUUGGAACUCAAGAAAUGAACUGUCCUGGACUAUUUUUCUAUGAUAAAACUAUCUCCUAAUGUGGUUCAAUUAUUAAAGCCAAAAAAUCUGGAGUUAGAUAAACAGCUACAGUAAAUUUAGCUCUAAAAUCAUGGUUUUUAUUCUCAUAAUAAUGCAGUAUAACUAUCAUUCUUGGUCUUAGCUUUAAUGAUUUAUGACUCUGAGGGAUAUAUUUUUCUUUAUAUGUUUAUUCCCCGCAUUACACACUAUCGGGCCGAAAUACACAAACAUGCACACUGUAUAGUGAUGUUCGGAUUGUCUUAGUAUUUUAUGAUAAUGUGCCUUAUAUAGUCUUGGCAAACUGAAAUGGUAAAAUGACAAAUUUGUACUUAAAAGUGGAAUGCUCAGGUAAAUACGAUUAAACUCAAAAUGGAAGGUGGGAAAGACAUUCUGCUUCCAUGGACGCCAGAAUCAAGAAUACUUCCCCUACGACGCAAACUGUUAACUUUAGAUAGCCUGUUGUAACUUUAUAAAAAUAGUUAUCUUUAUAUCUGUCAAAUAGAGAUCAUGUUUUUAUUGUAAAAAAUGUGAUCUUGAUUUUAAAAAAUAAAUUAUUUGUAUAAUUUUGAAAGACAAGUUUUUCAAGGUAUGAUUUCAUCUCAGAAUCUGACUGCCUCAGAAUUAACCCCUAAUGCAAUGUCAUCGGUGGAUUCAUUUUGAUUGGUAAUAAGUUGUCAUUGUAUAUAUUUUUGAUAUUAAUAAAAUCUAUUUGUAAACGGUC